AUGGGUGUGGAAGGGGUGAUGGUAUCCUACAACUACUCCGAGAACGGGGAGCUGGCCAACAUCCUGACGGUCGCAGCGUCGGGGAUAAUGUUCUCUAAGCGUUGGGUGCUCACCCACGGCUCGAUACUCUCGCCGUUGAAAGAAGCGGGGGCCAUUAAGAACGCCAAAGGGCACCCAAUCCUCAACGAGGAGUUCUACGACAAGCUGCCGGAGAUAUACGUGACGUGCGAAAAGCAGCAGCCGGACGUCCGUACUGUGUAUGAAGAAGUGGAGGCCUUGAGCCGGCAGCGGAAUCUGGACUACGACCCUGACUUCGAGCACAGUUGCUACCAGAUCAGCGUGCUCACGGGCAGAAUCUGCCACGUGUGGCAGUGCCCCGUCCUCGACCGCUGCGUGGACGACAUCCUGUACAGCUGGACCAUCGGCCACCGGGACGGCGACCUGAUGAAGCAGAAGGAGCUCGGCAAGGCGUUGCUCUCCGUGUUCGUACUCGUGGACCUGGAGGACGGCAACCGAGUAGAGACAGAAAAGUGCGUGGAG